GGGACGGGCUCCCGCGGCCCCGAGGCUCCGAGGGCGUGGUGCCUCCCGCCGUAAUCUGGCCUGCGCGGCCCGUUCACUCGCUGCAGUCGCGGGAGGGAGCCCGUCGAGGCGCUCCCUGGCCGUGUGACCUUGGCCUCUGUCCGAUGAGGACUAGACAAGUUGAGAGUUGUGGCGAGUCUGGCCCCUGGGGUGCUGAAUGUGCAUGACCGUCACUGCGCCUGGUGCUAGUCGUCAGUGUCAAACCCAAGCCCAUUGCUGCGGAGUCGAUUCAGACUCUUCGCGACGCUAUCAGACCUACUGUGACCGCUUGGUUCAGGACACGCCUUUCCUGACUGGCCACGGGCGCCUGAGUGAGCAGCAGGUGGACAAGAUCAUCCUGCAGCUGAACCGCUACUACCCACAGAUUCUCACCAACAAGGAGGCCGAAAAGUUCCGGAACCCCAAGGCGGCUCUGCGUGUGCGGCUCUGCAACCUCUUGAGCCACCUGCAGCAGAGUGGCGAGCGGGACUGCCAGGAGUUCUACCGUGCCCUGUACAUCCACGCCCAGCCCCUGUACAGCUGCCUGCCCAGCCGGCAUGCUCUGCAAAACUCAGAUGGCACAGAGCUAGACUCAGGCGUGGAGAGAUGGGAGCUGAGUGACAGGGGACCCCUGGGCUUCCUGGCUUGCCUCAGCGUGGCUGUGGGAUUGGCCCUGCUCAUAUACUGCUGCCCUCCAGGUGGGUCACUCCAGGUGGCCUCCCGACACACCAGGGGAUCCCAGAGCUGUACCCAUCGCCCAGCCGAGGACACCAGUGAGCGGACAUGGAACCCCUGACUCUGACCCCAAGGUCCUGCCAGGGGCCCGGCGCGUCCUCGGCUUCUCCCCUGUCAUCAUCGAGAGGCACAUCAGCCGCUACCUGCUGACCUUCCUGGCAGAAGACCUGGGGGGUCC